GUGGCCCCGGGUUCAGCUAUGGAGGAGAGAGCCAGGAGAGGGCAGGAGCCGGGGAAGGCAGCUCUGGGGCUUCCUUCGCAGGAAGCCAAGGAGCCAGGAGCUGCACCCCAGGGCCCAGCAGGAGCCGUCCACCACCAUGGCAACUGAGGAGCCCUGCGCCAGCCCAACCCUGGCCCCCGAGGAGCCUCCCGCCAGUACCACCCUGGCCACCAAGGAGCCUCCCGCCAGCCCCACCCUGGCCCCUGAGAAGCCUCCUGCCAGUACCACUCUGGCCCCUGAAGAGCCUUCUGCCAGCCCCACCCUGGCGACUGCGGAGCCUCCCGCCAGCCCCACCCUGGCCAUCGAGGAGCCUCCUGCCAGCCCAGAGCAGGAGUUGAGCGACUGCGUGACAAACACCAGCAGCUCCGCAUACUCCUGCGGGACCAGCAGCUCCUCCGUGCGGUCUGGCAGUCCUGAGUUUAAAGGCUCCCUCUUUGGAGACACCCCCAGUGCCCAGGUGUCGUGGGCUGAGGAGGAGGAAGAGGAGGAGGAGGAUUUGUCCCCUGAGGAAGAUACCAUCAUGGUGAUCCAGCAGCACCUCCAGGGCAGAGCUGAGGCUCUGCACAACCGCUAUUCGCGGAGCCUGGACACCAUCCUCAGGGGCCGGCUGACAGAGACCCCCACCAUGGAGAAGCUGCAGCACCUCCUGGAGCACAUCCAUCUCUCUCUCCAGUCAAAAAACACCCAGGAGAGAGCCAGGGCCGUACAGACCAGCGCAGCCCUGCUCCAGUUUGCCACCUCCCUGCCUGGAUUUGACACCUCCUCUGCCUUCUCCAAGGCAGGUGAAUUCGUGCUGCAGCUGGGUCUCUACAUAUCCCACCCAGCCAGUGACAUCAGUCGGCAAGCCAGGGGUGGGAUAUAUUGGCUGCAGAGGCUCCUGCUCCAGAAGAGGGGGCUCAACACCAGAGAGGCACCAGACCUGUGGUGCUGGGACGGGCACCAGGACCCCGAGCGCCUGGGGUAUAGAAACCUGGCCAGGGUGGGAGAGGUCUUCGGAGAAAUAUUCACCGAAGACCAGAAGAGCAGUUUCCUCCAGGCGGGGCUGCUGGCCAUCCACCAUCCCCUCCUCCGUGUCAGCCAGGCUGGCCUGGUGCUGACCUAUUCCAUCGUGGGGGAAGCCAGCCAGCUGCUAGAGGACGAGGUAACCAAAGAGGGGUCACCUGGGGAGAGACCCCCAGGGCCUUUCACCUCCAGGCCAUUGAAAAUCACUCCCAUCCCAUCCCCAUGCGCUGACCAGGGAGCAAGGAGAGGAUGAACCCAGGCAGGUGCCAUUGGUCGGUGCCAGCUUGUCCCCUGAGCAGCUCAAAGCAGGGCAGACCCAGUUCUCCAGCAAGGCUAUAUCCUAACAGGCGUCACAUCAACACGACACACAGCCAUUGCUCAUGCUAGGGGCUGUAAACUCCCCUAGCCACCUCUGUGAGCCUUUCCUCCCCCUCCGGGCCUCAGGCCGGUUCCUAGUGCUCUGGUAUCAUGUUAUCCCAGCCCCCACCUGCUCUGGGAGAACUGGAGGAGUCAGUCAGCAGAGGCUGCUUAAGU